UUGCUACUGAGAUAAUUUGUUGUGAAAAGGGCGCAAAUACGUAUUGUUGCAAUUCAAAUUGAUAAACGCGUUUGUUAGAAAUAAAAUAAGCACUAUUGAAUAAAGUAUUUUMAACAGGAAGCAGUGAGGACUGCCUAUAGACUAUUGGAGGAACAAAUUACUAAUGAAGAGGAAGAUGAAUUAAGGCUUUGGAACUUCGACAAAGGGUAAGUUUUUGUUAUUUAUUUAUAUUUAUUUCUAUAAAACGGCAAUGCUUAUCAAAUGGAAUAAGAUUCUACAAUCAAAUUUUUUAUCUGUCUAUCAGGCYAAAAGACCCCACAAACAUAAAGACGACUGUUUAUAUAAUGAAGAAUGUGAGGGCGUUAUAUCCAGACGCACCUAAAGGAUCUAUAAGAGUUGCCACAGUUCGAUAUUACACUUCCCUCUACGAAAGCCACAUGAAGAAGAAGAAAAAUCAGUUCAAGAAUCACUUAUCGCGUCAAAGGAAAUAUGAACGUAGAAAAAGGAAAUUAUCAGCGAGAAAAUCCAUUCUAAAUAAGACAAGCCACUUAGAUGAAAGGGAAAGGAAAAAGGCUAUGACGGUGAUGCGGCUGGACUUUAUGUCCUCCGAACAUUCUGACGACGAAGAAAACACACUCAUUGUGUCGAAACUUCCUUGGCGUUCUGAGGAAGUUGACUCACUAUUUGAGGCGCUUGAUGAAAAGCACUCCCGGAGCCUCUCUCGCAAAUCGAGAAGAAUGGCUUUGACACGAUACGAGGCCAAUGAUCCCUCAAAGAGAGCAGUGCCAGACAGAUUUCCAACAUUCGCAGUAAAAAAGGAUCACUAUAAAGAUCGCCCCUUUAAAUUUAUUAAGAACAAAAAGUAGAUCGUAGAUCACGAGAUGUAAAACUAAAUGCAUAGCAUCAGAGUCUAUAACUGAA